AUGCCACAUCACACUACCAAAUCCAAUCGCUCUCUUGGUUCAAGUACAUACGAUUUAUCCGUUCCGCCCACGACUCUACCAUUUUAUGAUUCACUCUCGUUUGAUCUACUAGAUGUUUAUAAUACCUUAUUGCCCUCUCGAGCUUCCUAUGACCAAAGACAGCUAUUUAUUUCGAAAAUACGGAACAUAUUAAAGACAGAAUGGCCAGAUUAUGAGACCGGAGUUCAUGUAUUUGGCUCCUCAAUUAACGGGCUCAGUAUGGAACAAUCGGACGUAGAUUUAUGCAUUACCUGUUCAAAGCUCACUUGUAUCUAUUCAUUGUCUUUUGCAUUAAAAAAACAUGGUUUACAAAUAGUAAAGUUAAUUAGCAAUGCCAAGGUGCCUAUAGCUAAAGUAUGGGAUCCAGAAUUGCAUAUAGCAGGUGACUUUAACCUCAAUAAUACGCUCGCACUUCAAAAUACCAAAAUGAUCAAAACAUACGUUUCAAUUGACCCACGUGUGCGCCCUCUGAUUCUGUUUAUUAAACAUUGGGCUAAGCAGCGCAACAUCAAUGAUGCAGCACAAGGAGGUACGAUAUCUACUUAUACAUGGGUCUGUAUGGCCAUCAAUUUCUUGCAAACAAGGCAACCACCUAUCUUGCCCUCGCUACAUGAGAUGCCUCAUUCGUUGUCUGAAGAUAAUCAGGUUAUACAUGGACUCAAUACCUCAUUUUGCGACAAUCCGGACCAAUUGAGGGGAUACGGACGAGCAAACCGCGAGACGCUCGGUGGGUUGUUGUACGCCUUUUUUAGACGGUAUGGGUUCGAAUUUGAUUACAGAUCCCAGGUCAUUUCUGUUCGAUCAGGCAAAGUACUCAGCAGACAAGAGAAGGGAUGGCACAAGGGACCUGAGUCACAACAGCUACUCUGCGUUGAGGAACCCUUUGACGUGCACCGUAACCUUGGUAAUUCAGCAAACGAGGAGGCUGUUCAUGGGUUGAUUCUGGAAUUCCAAAGGGCAGUACAUAUCAUUCUAGAAACCCACGGAAACUUGGAUUAUCUGUGUACCUCUUACCAACAACGACAGAUUGAAUAUCUUUCUUUACAGGAGUCACCUGUAUGUAUGCCACUUCCCUCUCAAGGGGAUAAAAGAGGUCGCCUUGCUAUUUAG